UAGCCAACAACUACAAAAGUUGUAUAGGUAUUUAACGUGUCGUCCUCGAAAAUGUACGAAGCGCGCUGUGAUAAUGCGUUUAAAACAAGCAAUACCGGAAGUACGUUGUCAUUCAUUCGCAUUUUAUCUGUAAAUAAAUUAUCUAUCGAUCCAAUUUUGCAUUAACGAAAAAUAUCGUUAUUUUAUAACAUAAAAUAUCAUCUGGCACACAGUACCAACUUUACAAGUAAAUACUACGAAAGAUCGUGUCACAUUAAUCGAAUUUGGCGAGACCUUAGAAAAUUCAAGCGACACACAUUAAAUAUAUAACACGCAAAGGAAAGAUUCGUAGUUGUGAUUUGUUUCUUUCGUUCAUAAUUAUUCGGGUAUGUGAAAUAAGUGUUAACGAAGAAAUUUAUGCAAUAAUUGAAUAAAAAAGACAUUCCUUGUUUUGUGUUAAAUAUUGAGUUAUUAUCAACAAAUAAUGAACGAGGGUUGCAUCGUUUUGGAAUAAAUAAAUAAUAAGCAAAAGUUUAAAAAAAAAAUUUAUUGAUUUGAUAUAAAAUCGAAGAUAGUAAUUAAAAACAGGAAAACAUCAGCUUUCGACAUGGUACAACAGGAGCAGGCUCAUGAUGCUAAGCAACAGAUUGCAACUAGUCCAGAGGAUACCGAGGACAUACCUGCUGGGCAACAAGGUCCCCAAGUUCCCAGACGCAGAGGAGGCAUCUCUGCGGAGCCAGUCUCCGAAGAAGAUGCGACUAGUUAUGUCAAAAAAGUCGUACCUAAGGAUUAUAAAACAAUGGCUGCCCUGAGUAAAGCGAUUGCUAAAAACGUUCUCUUUGCUCAUCUUGAUGAGAAUGAACGUUCUGAUAUUUUUGAUGCUAUGUUCCCGGUUACUUUUUUGCCUGGAGAAGCAAUUAUUCGGCAAGGCGAUGAAGGCGACAAUUUUUAUGUAAUCGAUCAAGGAGAAGUUGAGAUCUUUGUUAAUGGUGAAUUAGCCACAACAAUAGGAGAAGGUGGAAGUUUCGGUGAACUUGCAUUAAUAUACGGGACUCCUCGUGCUGCAACUGUUCGAGCAAAAACAGAUGUGAAAUUAUGGGGUAUUGAUAGAGAUUCUUAUCGAAGAAUCCUUAUGGGUUCUACUAUAAGAAAACGAAAGAUGUACGAAGAAUUUCUUUCCAGAGUUUCAAUUUUGGAAUCUUUGGAUAAGUGGGAACGACUCACAGUAGCUGAUGCUUUAGAACCAGUGGCAUUUGAUGAUGGUGAGACUAUAGUUCGACAAGGUGAACCAGGUGAAGAUUUUUAUAUAAUUGUCGAGGGUACAGCUGUUGUUUUACAACAGCGUUCAGAAGGUGAAGAACCAGCGGAAGUUGGUCGUUUAGGACCAUCUGAUUAUUUUGGUGAAAUUGCAUUAUUAUUGGAUAGGCCAAGAGCAGCAACAGUUGUUGCGCGGGGUCCUUUAAAGUGUGUAAAACUUGAUAGAGCAAGAUUUGAACGAGUUUUAGGACCGUGUGCAGAUAUUUUAAAACGCAACAUCACCCAGUAUAAUAGUUUUGUGUCCCUAUCCGUAUAAAUUACUGUAUCA